UAUCCAAGUCUGGGGGUAGGGGUGCGCCGCACUGCUCCUGUCGCCGUCGCGGCUUCCGGUGCUAGGUGGAGGGAAGGAAGGAGGGAGCCGGGAGCGGGGCCAGGGGAGCAGCCGCGCCGAAAUCGGCUGGGGGAGCCGGAGAGAGUGGAGCCAGAGCCGAGCGGAACCUGCGGGGGCGGAGGCGGCGGCCGCAGCGUCGGAGCUGGGAGCAGGAACAGGAUCAAGUCCUCCAUACCAGGGACCAGGCCAAAACCAGACUGCCACUGCGCCCAACUGUCCUCAGAAAGCGACUACUGUGAUCAUGGGUAAUAUCUUCGGAAACCUUCUCAAGAGCCUUAUUGGGAAGAAGGAGAUGCGCAUCCUGAUGGUGGGCCUGGAUGCCGCAGGAAAGACCACCAUCCUGUACAAGCUGAAGCUGGGCGAGAUCGUCACCACCAUCCCCACCAUUGGGUUCAACGUGGAGACGGUGGAGUACAAGAACAUCAGCUUCACAGUUUGGGAUGUGGGUGGCCAGGACAAGAUCCGACCUCUCUGGAGACACUACUUCCAGAACACUCAAGGGUUGAUAUUUGUGGUCGACAGCAAUGAUCGGGAGCGAGUAAACGAGGCUCGGGAGGAGCUGAUGAGGAUGCUGGCAGAGGAUGAGCUCCGGGAUGCUGUGCUCCUUGUCUUUGCGAACAAACAGGAUUUGCCUAAUGCUAUGAAUGCUGCUGAGAUCACAGACAAGUUGGGCCUGCAUUCCCUGCGUCACCGCAACUGGUACAUUCAGGCCACCUGUGCCACCAGCGGGGAUGGGCUGUACGAAGGCCUGGACUGGCUGGCCAAUCAGCUCAAAAACAAGAAGUGAGAACCAGGCAGCCUGAUCUGACCACCCCACCCACCCCUACUGUCUCCCUGCCCCAGCCCUAUCCUUUCCUUCCUGUUGCCAGUGUGGCCAGGGCCCUGGGUGUCAUGUCCGCAUGCCCAACAAGAGCCUUGCCUCCCCUGCCCUUCCCUCCCUCAUCCAUGACCAGUCCCCAAUUGCUGUCCUGAUGAUGAAUCAUUCCAAUUUACCGGAUUUAAAACAAAAACAAGGUUGUUAUGGUUUCAUGGGGUGGUCCCCCCUGAAGCGCUGGGGUUUGGGAGGUGGGGUGGGGUAUUCUCUCCGUUUGCUUCGUUUGGCUCUGGUUGCUGUGCUCCUGGCAUCUGAGUCCCUCCCCUCUUCCCAUAGGCUCCUCCCCUACUCCCUGUCUUCCUUUCCUUUGCCGCUCUCUCCCUGUUCUACAUGGAAAUUGCACGGGCCUCUCUGUGUGUGCGUGCAUGUGUGCGCGUGUAUAUACCUGUAUAGAGAGAUAUAUAUGGGGCCGUGGAGGGGUGGAGUGCAGCUCAGGGCUUGGAGCCAGCACACGGCCCACUCUAGCUGAUCAUCUGCCCCUCCCAUGUUGGUGAGAUAAAGGAAGGAGGUGGAGGGAAGGCUGCCCCAGUCCUGCACUGGUUCCUCUCCUCUUUGCAGGUCAGUUUUCCUGGCUCAUAGGACAGAAGGAUUUUCCACUAUUAUCUUCCUUUACCUGUCUCUCCACCCCACUUAGGACAGAGAGGGUGGCAUUUAUCUCUAAAUGACUGUUCCCAAGGAGAUACCGUUCUGCCCUGCCUUGCUAGUGGGAAGGAGAGAGGAACCUACUCACUCUUAUAAGCUCAGAGUGUUCAGCUGAUUCUCCCCCUCAUCCUUCGAUCUGUUCCUCAGGAGCUUGAAGAGGGAGGUGGGGAUAGCAAGAUCUUGGGGUGUAUUUGGGACCCAGGGCACUGGGGAGAGGGCCUCAGGUUUUCUAUCUUCAUCCUUCUUUGUUAUUAGGAGAAGGUGAAACACAGAUCAGUACUAUUCCUGCCUUCUUGUCCCCCCUCCCGACCCCCCCAACUUCUGAUCUUGGAGCUGGGCUCACCUGUCCUUUGUCAGAAGUUUCCUCACCCUGUUAGUUCUGCUGGCCUGACCAGAGCUGGCAGGCUGGUUUAAUGGUGGAGUAGGGGAGUGGGGGAUGACAUAACAGACCUCAGUAUCAAUCCCUACAUUCUUCAGUUCUCUUUUUCUUGUCCAGGAUGUGCUGAAGGAUGAAAAUUCUCUGUUCUGUUUCUAGACCCUCAGACCAUCCUCCAUCUAUUCCAACAGCUUUUCCCUGCUCUCUUCACCCACUCUCAUAAAGGGAUCUGGGCAUUGGAGUGGAGGAAAAAGAGCUCUGGAGUGGUUGUUGGUGCUAGUGGGAUGCAGUGGUCUUCAGAGUCCUCCCUCCAUUAUGUAUUUGUUCAGAAGCUGCUGCUACUGCGUCUCUGUCUAUGGGAGGCGCUUGUCACUGAGAUCCUGGCCUGGGUCCUGACUUCUGCGGUUUCUGUGAAGCCGUGGCUUUUCUGUGGGCUCCUGUGUGUGCUGGCUGCGCCCUGAGCUCCAAGACGGCCAUCCAUAACCUUUCCGCUAAGGUCAGGGCCCAGGGGCCCUAUAACGUGGCUGAGGGACCCCUUCCCAGAAAGGCUGUCCCAAGCCCCACCCCAUAGGGCCAGGCUUCCUGCCACCUUUGUCUACAACAAGGCAGAUCAAUACGCCCCACCCCACCCCAGAUUGAACUGUGAAAGAGAGGUUGCAGGGGUGUCUCCCUCAGUGCCAGCUCCUUAGUGAUGUGUUACUACCCAAGAUGCAGUGGGUGUAUGCAGGUCUCUUUCUCUCUAGGCCUUUGUGUGUUGUGUGUGUGUGUGAGUGUGUGUGUGUCUGGUGGCGGGGGGUGGGGGGUGCUGGAGCUUCUAUUUCGUUUUAACAUGCAUUCACUCCCCUGACCCCACAUUCACUCCCUUGACCCCACAGAUCCUUCCCUCUACACUUUUUCUUUGCCUCUGUCUCUAUUUUGUCAGAUUUUUUUGCACCUGCUCCUGUUGCCUCUCCCUCCCUGAAAUUUUCCUUUGCCUUCUCAGCUUAUUGAACUGCUGUUGCCUGUUUGUCUCCUUUCUCCUUGGUUUCCUACGUAGGAUUCCUCACUCUAUAUCUCUGUGGUUGGUGAGGACUUCACCUCUUCUCCUGCCUCCCUCUCUCUCUGACCCUCCUUAGAUACCAGUCCCAAAUAGGUUUUUCUCAUUUUAAGCCCACCUUGGUUUUUAGGACUAAGGGUGUUAAGAAGCAGCCUUUGAGGUUGCCUUGGUGCUGCUCGAGGAUCUGUCCAGCAGGGGGCAGUAAGUGAUCUUGAUAGUAUCCCUAGCUGCUGGCCCUUGGCAGGGGCGGCCCUUUCUACGUUCCCAUUCACCUAAAAGCUCUUGGGAUUGUAUAUUUCAUUCCAUUUCUGCCCACUCCCUCCCCCACUCUCCUCUGGUAGGUUUAGUUUUAUGCUUUCCUUUGUUCCAGCCUUUCUUCUCCCUGGGGAUUCCCCCUAUUUCCCCCCCCCCCCAAGUUUGUUUGUGGUGUUAUAGUGGUAACUGCAGUUCUGAACUGGUUUUUCUCUUUUUUUUCCUUCCUCUGGAAUGUAGACUGUACAUGUUUAUAACUCACCUUCUCUCUCCUUGCUCAAAAUGUGGGGUACGCGAUGACUGUGACCCUGGUUGGAAAUUAAACUUGUUUUAUGCA